AUGUCGACUGGAUUAGGUAGGCAGCGCGCGAAUUCAUCGGCCAAAGGAAGCUCCGUCCGCACAAACGACGUCAAAUUCAAACCACCAACGCCGGGACAAGACGAGUUCGCAUUCGAGCCAUGUGCCGCAACCGGCGCCUUCUUGCUUUGCGCCCAAGGCAAUGAGAUAUUGUGUCUCCACCACGACACAUUGGCCGUCGAGAGGCGCUUCACCCGGCACCGAGAAGAUGUAUCAUGGAUCUCGGUCGACACAAUUAGUGAAAGAGGAGCUGGUCGUCUAGUCGUGUCGUACGACGCCGGAUCUACUGCCAUUGUAUGGGAUCUCCUCACCGGCGACGAGGUGGCGCGGUUUGCUUCGUACGAGCAGAUCCGAGUUGCAACAUGGAUGAGGAACGGCAAUGUUGCUUUUGGUAAUGCCCAGGGCAACAUCAUCCUGUUCGAGCCCUCUACCUCUGAACACCUUUCUGCGAGAACCAUCUUCGACCCCAUCACGGCAUUAGCACCUGCUUCCGACUGCAGAACGUUUGCCAUUGGCUAUCUGAAUGGCUCGAUUUUAAUAGCCACUCUGCAGCCCUCUUUCACCAUUCUCCACACGCUAACCACCCCAAGAGCUCCUUCUCCUCUUACGGGGCUAGCUUGGCAUGGGUCAUCCUCCAAGCAAAAGUCUGAGAUGUUGGGAGCCCAGACAUCAGAUGGAGAUCUCAGGGUGUGGAGCGUUCCAAAAGCAUCGCAUGGUAGUGGCGAUGCUCCCUGCGUAAUUCGCGUCUUAAACCAAAAGGAGCAGCGUGAGCCAGGCCCUUGCUGGUUUGCUUGGUCCAAGAAUGGGCGCAUCAUCCAGUAUACGGAAGGCCAAACCUGUGUGUGGGAUGUACGCACCAAGAGAGUGUCUUACGAGUCCGUCCCGACCACAGAUGGUGUUGCCGCUAUCUGCAAUUACGGGCCCACCGCGACCCUUUUCACCAUUGGACGCAAUUUCAGUAUCCAACAAUACGACCUCAACCCCAGCAAUGGCCCGGCAACCAUGGUCGCUAACGUUCAGCGGGCUCCUGCUAACACUCCUCCGUCUCCUCCCAGCUCCUUAGAUGAACAGAAGAGGCAGAUCGAGACACCCCUGACCGCUCACCCCAUCAAAACAGUACCCCAGUUGUUUUCUGAAUCUGAGAGUAGUGCUGAUGAGGGCGCUGCCAUGUCUCCUUUGCAGAAGAUUGCACAAGAGAUGGAUCAGUUCGAAGAAGAACGCCGUGAUCGCGUGGGCCCUCUGAGUCCCGUAUCAAGUCGGGGCUCGCAGAGCUCACGAUCUUCUGGCAGUGGCCGCGCCCCACGCUACCGUUAUGACCGACCUUCGUAUGGCUCAGUGCGGUCAUCGAAGAGCUCAGGCGGUACCGGCACUAUCUUCUCCUCUGGCACAUCUUCACAGGCAGGCACCUCACGUGAGAGCAUCUCCAUUCGAUCUACAUCAUCAGCCCAAUCUUCCCGUUAUGGGUCAUCGGCUCUUCGUAAGGAGGUUCUAAGAAGCCCUGAGCAGCCAAAACGCGCCCAGAGCAUGGAUCUGUUCCCGUUUACAAAGGCCAGGCUGAGCGAUGUCCCGUUCCGUCCCACAGAUUUGGGACCUGAGCGGACCCCUGAUGAUCUUCGCCUUAACAUGUUGAAGGUGAUUUUUGGGUGGGACAAUGACAUUGACGAACUCAUCCGAGACGAACUCGCACGUCACAUCCCUGGUUCUGAUGCAGCAGUCCUUCUCUCCAAAUGGCUUGGCGACAUAGGCGCUGAUCUGAUGGCGUCUAUGGUUGGCUCCGAGUCGAUGACUUCCUCUGAUUGGAUGUUGUUAGCUUUGAGUAACAUGGGCCAGGGCUCGCAAAAGAAGGUGGGCGAAGCCUUUGUCCAGCGACUUCUUGAGAAGGGAGAUAUCCACCCCGCUGUUGCCAUCUUCCUCGGACUCGGUGAACACAACGAUGCCAUCGAAGUCUACGUAUCUCGAAAGUACUACAUGGAAGCCAUUCUGCUUACCUGCGUGACUUUCCCCACGGAUUGGCAAAGACAAUCUUUCCUCGUCAGGAAGUGGGGAGAACACGCCGUCUCCCAUGGCAAGGCAGAACUAGCAGUGCGGUGCUUCUCUUGCAUGGGUCUUGAAACCACGGAGCCUUGGUUUUCACCCCGAGCGCAAGAUGCUGUCUUCUCUGCCCAGAAAAUGGCACUGCUCGGCUCGCAGCUUAGCCCUCCACUUUCGCCUCCCAGUGUUGGAAGCAGUAGAGUUGCGGCUAGAAUGGCUUCACUUAAACUAGUCACUGACUUCACUCGCGGACCUCAACCCAGGCAAAUCGUCCGAGGAGACGAAGAUGACAGGACUCCGAUGAAUGCUGGUGCUACGCCUAUCGCCGAGUCUGCUCUGACUCCGGCUGCUGCUAACAGCUCUUGGCUUCGUGGCCGGGCUGCUCGUGACACUUCAGUAGAACCAUCAUCUGCACGGACUGCUACACCUGGUGCUUACACCAGUAGAAAGCGCCUUGCCUCCCGGUCGGAUGCUGGUCGAUCUACCACGAACAACGAGAACCUCGCCACGCUAGCAAUCCCUGAUCGAGGCCAGCGCAUGGAGUCCCAAUCAAGAACUGCUAUUGAUAAUGUUGGGCGCGAAGCCGAGACUCUCCCAUUUUCCACACGCCGGGCGACUACCACAGGCGGGUCUAAGGAGUUCGUUUUGUCUGCCGCAACUUUCGAUCCUGCCAAGGCUAGUGAACACCUUCCCUCCCCAGCAGUCGGCGUUUUUGAGAUUCUCAAAGAGAAACGAAACCUGUCGCGUACCAGUUCUCGGAGCCGAAAACCGCAAGAACUCCAACUGGAAACGCAGAACACCGUUGUGGAGCUGGGGCUAGACACCGGCUACAGUCAAAGAUUGAGCCCACCACUGACGGGCGCAAGCCUCAAAAGCGCAAAGGCGCGCAGCAUCGAUCAAUACAUCAGCAGUCUAGAGGAGGCUAACCACCACGCGCAAUCACAAAACCGCACCAGUUCUCGGAAUGAAGAGAGGCCUGCUUCGCGUACGGCGAGGACACGCAGUCGUACCCGCGAAGAGUCUCAAAAUCGUGGACGAUCCGGCGUUCGCUACAUUCGCCCUGCAAAACGCUCUCCAUCCUCGCCUGUUCCCAUGUCUCCAGAAGACGCUGGAAUGUAUGGAUCUACUAGGAAGGAGGCCAGCACUAACACGGAAAACUUUGAUGAUGAGAGAUUCUACAAGGUAGGCAUGGCUUCCCCGGCCGUCACGGAAUCUGUUGCGAGUACUCGCACUGCCCGAAGCCGAGCGCGACAUGGUGCGAGUAAGGUCAGAUCCUCAUCCAAGGCAGCAACACGUCGUGCCGAGUCUCCUGAAGGCGCCGCGCGAGCCCGAAGCAGGGGCGCCAGUCGAGCUUCAAGUCGUCGCCCAGCCGAGGAUCGCGGUCGAAGUGAUAUUCGCGGAGAUCAAUCGCCCGAGUCCCCACAGUCAAUGCAUCGUGAUGAGUUCAAUGGCGGGGCUCAAUCCGAGCCAGGAGCUCCUCGUCAUCGAAGCAGUAGCCGCCGACCACUAGAUAGCGCUCGCCGGGAGCCCUCUCCUGAACGUCGCACGCCCCGGGAUCGCUCCGUGAGUAGGAAGCCCCCAUCUGGUCUGCGAGAGUCAAGCCGAACGCGCGUCAACACCGCGCGAGAUGUUUCCCCAGACUCCUUGACUUCUGGUCGCUCGGGUCUGCCGCGUUUGCGACCGACCACUCUGACAAGGAAAGCCCUAGCUGCUCGAGAAUUGGAACAACGUAGGCAAUCAUUAGCGAGACGACCUUCCGCUCCCGUUAUUCCACACCCGGAGGAUAUCACUUUUCGACCCAUGUCUCACGAGCGAUCCCAUACCGACGAUAUGCUAAGUAACCUUUCAAUGUAUCGGGAUCCAAUUCAACGAAGCCAGACGGCCGAUCUGUCAAUGUAUAGGGACCCUAUUUCUCGAAGCCAGACUGCAGACCCUGAGCUUUCGUCGAAGAGAUAUACGCCGACGGCUAGAAUUAACGGUGGCGCCACAUCUACCACCUCCGUCCCCAUUGGGUUACCAGCAAAUCCACGAGCCAUGCGUCAUCCUCGAUAUAUGACGGCCGAUCCGAGCGAGGAAGACGAUAUCCCUGCAGUGCCAUCAAUUCCCGACAAUCUUCAGUAUGUGCAGGAACCUCGAACUGCGCGAGAAGACGACCUUGGACCUCUGCUUCCCGCAACUACUUUUGGCCAGCCUAUCGCGCCUCCUCCUCGCUCUAUGUCGGCUCCUCCGCAAGAUCUUCUCCCGCCCACGUAUCCUACUAUCGGCAGGCGUCCUUCCCUAGGCGGCUCGCGCGGCCACGCAAGACAGAACACGUCGCCUGAGAUUCUGCCCCCAACCAACUACAAGCGCAUAAGCCCACCGCCCUUCAGGUCCAGUAUUGCCGAAACGAUACACGAGAGCCAGGUGGUCAUCAUCGAGCAAGAUGACAGUGCUCCUCCUAUGCUGUCCCAACUGCAGCACUUGGCGACUCCACCGCCCCCACCUCCGCCGCCUCUAAACCUAAGCGGCAUUGGUGCUCCAGGCGGCAUCGGCAUGAUCAACAUUGCUAUCGAAGGCAGUCCCAGCGAGAAGCCUUCAGAGCCAGCAUUCCCUUCCAACGCUUCAGCGACCAGCUCUCCCCAUGCUCACCGCCGAGGACGUGGCAGUGUGAGCGAGAAUCUGGGCAUGACUUUCAAGCGAGUCACUGAGCGCAUGCGAAGCACCAGUCGUGGACCCACCCGCGCCAUAUCGCCACCCAGCGCGCCCUACGAGAGUGUACCGGAAUACUCGUUCCCUCGCGGUGGAAAUGGCCGAUCCCCACAAAUGGAGAGUGGCAACCACGAAUCGUACUUUAACAACCAGAUUCCGCCUCCGCCACCACCUCCACCCAUGCCUAUGGAGCAGGUCAUCCCGCCUGGCGACCAGUCUUUCUAUAAGCACCCCAAGGAGCUCCGGGCGAAUAUGCCACCCCAGACACUCCAAGCCGGCGUCUACCAACCUGGCGCGACGCCCAUGAUCUAG